GCGAAGUGAAACAAGUGUACAGGUCUAUAACUUCCUGGUUCUUGCAAGAGUUGUGAGCUGCGAGAAGCAGCAAUGGCGAAGCGACUGUCGCGCAAACGGAGCUUCAGGCUCGGCCUGCCGUUCUUCUGCGGGCAGUCCGACGCGGCGAGCCCCGGCGCAGCCGUCACGCGGUCCUCCUCGUCGUCGUUUGGCAGGGGGUCCGGGUCCGGGUCCGGGUCCGGGUCCAGCUCCAGCAGAAGGCAGUGCGAGCUGCAGAGGAUCUUCCAGCACUUCGACCGGGACAACGACGGCAAGAUCUCCGGCGCCGAGCUGCGCGCGUUCUUCGUGUCCAUGGGCGACGACAUGCCGUCGUGGGGACCGGGAGACGGCGACGGGUACAUGCUGGACUUCGCCGGGUUCGUGGCGCUGAUGGAGCGGGAGGGCGGCCAGGAGGAGGACCUGCGGAGGGCGUUCGAGGUGUUCAACGCCGUGGAGUCCGCCGGCAGGAUCACGGCCAGGGGGCUGCAGAGGGUGCUCGCCCAGCUCGGCGACCAGCGGUCCGUCGCCGACUGCGAGGCCAUGAUACGGGCCUACGACGUCGACGGCGACGGCGGCCUCGACUUCCACGAGUUCCAGAGGAUGAUGAGCUAGCUGGUGAGAGCUUGCUCAGAGCCCUUGCUAAUUGAAGGGUUGUUCAUAAGUCUGCAUCCAGAUGAGACAAUGCAGGUUGUUACAAGGCAAGAAAGCUCUCCACUUUGGAUGGUCUCCUGAUGCGUCUGAGAGGUUCUGCUUGCCCGAAGCAAUUUGCUAUCUCAUCUUGUGUUGUUUGGUGUGUCACGCCAGUGUAUCAUUAAAGUUUCAAUUGAUCUCCGCUUUUCUUUA